AUGCAGGAUAUGUCCCAAAUCACCGUGCUUGGCCCCGGGGGCAUGCCCGUGAUCGCGGCGCCGACCUCAGUGGGGAUGGGCGGAGGCCAUCUUGGCACAGGCGGUCAGGGCGGCCAGGGCGGUGCGGGCGACGAUUCCAACCAGUUCUACAAAACACGCAUGUGCCACAAGUAUGCCCAUGGUGAGGCCGACCUGCGGGCUGACCUGCGUGCCGGCGGCGGUGGCGGCGGUGGCGGUGGCGGUGGCGGUGGCGGCCAAGGUCCUAUGGGCGGCAGCGGCGGCGGCGGCAUUGGUAUGGGGAUGGGUGGUGGCGGCGGCGGCGGCGGAAUAGGAAUGGGCGGCGGCGUCGGCAUCGGCAGCGGCAUGAUGAUGGGCGGUGGGGGCGCGCCCAUGGUUGGAGGCCUGCCGGGCGCGCCCCCUCCUGCGCGCCCGAUGCGCUCCGGCAAGAUCAUGACCCCAAGCGGCAGCGCGCCGACUGGCAGCCUGGCGCCGGGCAGCAGCUUGGUAGGCCCGGCCGGCAGCAUGGGCGGCGGUGGUAUGGGACCUAUGGGGGCCGGGAUGGGCCCCAUGGGGUCUGCGCCGAUCAUCAUUGGCGCGGCAGGCCCGGGCAUGGGCGGCCCCCAAAUGGGCGGACCUGGGAUGGGGGCGCCCAUGAUGAUGGGUGGCCCGCCCAUGGGCGCGCCAGGCAUUGUUGCCGGCGGCAUGGGCAGCAGCGGCAUGGGCGGUGGAGGUGGCGGCGGCGGUGGGGGCGCAGGUGCUGCCGGGCCGAAGAACCCCGGCAUCCACAAGACCAAGCUUUGCGAGCGCUUCAUGACGACAGGGCAGUGCCCCUAUGGCCAGAAGUGCACCUUUGCACAUGGGCACGAUCAGCUCCGGCCGGUGCCGCCGGGUGCCAUUGGUGUUGGUGGCGGCGGCGGCGGUGGUGGUGGCGGCGGCGGCGGCGGCGGCGGCAGGGCCGGCGGUGGCGCCAACCGCCGCGGCGGCGGCGGAGGCGGCGGGGGCGGCGGCGGCGGCGGCGGCGACGGUGGCGGCGGCGGUGGCGAUGGCCGCAACGGCGGCAGCAAGCGGCAGCGCGUUGAGCAGGCGCCCCCCGCGGCGCGCGCGCCCGUGGUGCCGCCGGAGCAUGAGGUUCUGCCGGUGGAGGGCGCAUCCAUGGACCUGUCGCGGCUGCGGUCACGCUUUGAGGCACUCAAGCAGGAGAUCAACGCCUUUGCCGCCGACACGGGCCACAGCGUCGCGGUGUUCACCAUCGGCGGCCUGCUGUCCGACGCGCCUGACUCGGCCCCCGACGACGCGUCCCUCGACGCCAUCCUCAAGUCCUCUUUGGACUGGACUCUUUUCGACCUUUACAUCGACAACCCUCCUCACCAUGAACAGACAUGA